AUGCAAAAUCUGCUUCAUCAUCAAAACUUAAAAAAUCACAUUAUUUAUCAAAUGGUGAAAUGCUUAAAAGCAAACUUCCAGUCAUUAUUCAUUGGUGUGGAAGCAUCAGGUAUCCACGAGACAACUUACAACUCAAUUAUAAAAUGCAAUGUCGAUAUCAGAAAGGACUUGUACGGAAACAUCGUUUUGUCUGGUGGAACAUCAAUGUACUCAGGCAUCAACGACAGACAAGAAAAAAAGAAAGUUGCGAAUGAGAAACGUAUAGAUAUAGUCAAUAUGAUAUAUGCUUAA